UUUCCUCGUCCCCGCGCCUCACGGCCACUCACUACGCACGGAGCCGAGCGUAGUGCCGCCGCCAGUCGCAGCGCGACCCGUGCCGACGUCGCACAUCGUCUGCGUCCACAUCGUCGCGACAUCGAUCCGUGAUAUCAUUCAUGCUGAUCUCCGCCCGUUGAUUUUCCUGCCGAGUGACCGUAGUGAAGCCGCCGCGUACCGCGAGUUUUGAAUGUUCGUGGCCAUCCCGCCGGUGCGCGUUACCGUCGCAGUCCGCACGCACAGCUCCAGCUCGGAGUGGCAGCCGGCGACACUUCCCUGGAUGAGACCCGUGACCGGCGCCCGUCACCGUGAGCCGCAGCCUGCGAUGCUGUGUCCGUGACCGUCUCACAACAGUGCCACGAAACCCCGUCCGAUGAUCUCAGCGAGCCUGCCCGGCGAGGCGCUCGCCCAGCUGCAGCUCGGGCCGCUGAGCCACUUGUACCCUCCCCCGCCGUCGGCCGGCAUGACGCCCGAGUUCCUGGCGCCGCCGCCGCGUCCCUACUCCCGCUACCCGCCGCGGAGGCCGCCGGCGCGCGACCACAUGCCGGCGCCGCUCGCGCCUGCAGCACCUACACAGCCGUUCCCGACCGUGCCGAGCUAUGCGCCAUUCCUGCCUCACCCGGCGACGUACACCUCGUAUUUGUACCGCACGCGAGCGCCGCAGCCGCCGACCAACUUCCCACUGCGGCCGCGCCCCACGUCCGGCUUCGUUCCACCAGCGCCAGCGCCUCAAUCGCCACCUGUGUCAGCACCCGCACCUGCUCCUCCGCCACGAGAAGAACCGCCAACAUCUCCGGAGCGCGCUGCCCCGGCUCCCUACUUCUGCCGAGGUGCACUGAUUAGAUUAGAGGACGGUUCCUUGCGGCGGGUCGAGGAGAUGCGCACUGAAGACUUCGUGAUGAGUGCGGAUCGCAGCGGCGACCUUGCUCUGACGCAAUGCACGCUUUUGCGGCUAGAAGAACGAGGAGACAAGCUGGCUCUUACGCUAACGUAUGAUAGGAAUCGCUCAAAGGUGGAGUUAGAGUCGACGGUGGAACAUCCUUUCUUUGUGUACGGGCGGGGCUGGGCUUCGUGCAAGCCGGAGCGGACGCUGGCGCAGUACGGGCUGCACGUGCAGAGGCUGCAGGUGGGCGACGUGUGCGUGUCGCUGGUGCUGCGCAAGCACGCGCCGGCCGCGCCCGCCGCGCCGCCCGCCCCGCCGGUGCACGCAGCGCCGCACCCCUCCUCAGCACCGCCGCAAACACACCCUGAGAACUUGAGCGUCAAAGAAGACGCGCGUAAGAGGCGAUGGUCUGCAUCCGACGUGUGCGAGGACGAUCGCCCUCCCGCCAAAAAGCGUUGAGGCCGCGACACCGUCCGAGAAAUGUGGAGGAGAACUAUCUUAAACGUGUUGUGAUCGCCUUCGUUGCAAAGACUCGUUUCGAACUCCAUUAUUAUUACGUUGGAGCGCUCCGGCCAGGCUUCAGGUCCCACGGAUGCUCUCGUCUCCUCAGUAGAUUACUUUCUAAACUGACGUAGAUAUACCGGCCCCAGUGAGUCGAGUCGCGUGGAGCGCGACUUUCAUGUUUAUGUUAAUUUGCGUUGUUUCUGCAGCGAUGGACAGUCCACAAUGGUACGCUUAUGAUAUUCUAUUCGGGAACUCUAGGUGCUUUUUACUGUCGGGUGCUUUUGUACGCGUUCGUGUACGAUGUUGUAAAUAUGUAAGUAACUUAGGUCAAAGUUAAUCGUUACACUCCAUGACUAAAUCGAUGUGUCACAAAGUUGUGUUUGGCUGUCGUUCCCUAACGAUGCGCUUUAAGUCCUCCUAACAUAUUACACGCGUUAAGAACGUCUUUAUUCUGUUGCUAGAGGCGCAGUGACAAUAUUAGGUACAUUAUUGUUAAACAUCACUUGUGAAUAGUAAAUCCAUUAAAAUUAUAACUGCUGAGGCUCAGCGCAUGUCUGCAGCCGAGCCCAGCCGUUAACAUACAAAGUAUACUUGCAACAUUCAAACGCCAUGGAGUUAUUGAUGAUGAGCACAAAAAUAACAAUGUGUAAGUUUGUACCAGAUCUUAAAGUAGGUUAGAUAAUGUGAUAACCAAUGAGAUUUUAAACCGCAAGUCUGCGCUGACAGUAGACACGUGGCAGUCCAUAUUUAAGACAUAACGAAAGGUACAAUGAAUGUUUGAUUGUAGGUAGUGGUAUUUGGCUAAGGUGUGCUUAAAUUUCGACUGAUUUAUUUUGGUGAGUUUUAUCUGUACGGUAUCGUUUUAUUUACGAGCAGUCAUGUUGAGCUCCGUUCUCCCCCGAUGGUUGUGACUGCAGACAUAUCCAUGACGAUUUGCUUGUCGUUGUAGCUGGUGCGAGGCGCUUGCUAGUUGCUAGUCACUCGUCGCCCGUCAAUCGGCGCGUGCGCAUUGCAGUGCCCACUGCCCAGUGCCCUCACUCUCGCGCGAACCUUUAUUACUUAUUUCAACAUAGGUGGCAAACUCUUCUGACAAAUAAUUUGAUCGUGUUUUAAUAAUCGUUGACGUAAUUGAUAAGUAUAUGUAUAUUGUAAAAAAUAAUAUUAUGUAUUGUAUAUGAUCAUGGUUAUUUAGAUGUCAUCUCUGUUGCUUUUUGACGUCCAUGUGUGAUACACAUAAAACUUUUCUAUAAGAUGAUGUAUACAUAAUAAACACACAGUCUGUGAUAUUUUGUAGUUAUUGGACAGAGUAGGUAUGGAGUAUUGCUUGAGUAAAGGGAAUAUAUGUUUUAGAAUAAUAAGUGCGUAUAUCGGUAAGAAAUUGUAUAAAUUGUUGUAUACUCAAAUGUAAUACGCUGAAAAUGAAUAACUAAAUACAAAUGUAACAAGUAGCGUCUGUGAUUAAUAUACAUAUAUCGUUAUGUCAAAUAACGACGCAUGGCCAUAUCAAAAUCAAAUUAAUUUUAUAUAAUUAAGUCCAACAUAGUUAUUCGUUCUUAGUUCGGAAUGUCCAACUAUAAAUUUAUUUUACAUACGUUUUACUCGAACAAUUAUGUUGUCAGAUGAUAUUAGUCAAUAAGAAGACGAUACAACGAUCCUAUUGGAUAUCCGAGAAUGAUUUCAAGACCGGUUCGAUUGGGUUCGACAUCGGUCAGCGUGUUGUGUAGACUGUGUGUAGCUCGUGAGUAAAGACAGGAGAGCAGUAGAGACGGUUCGAAUGCUGGUUCAUUGUACCAUUACGGCAUUAAAGCUACGUGCUCGAUACGAAUAUCGACGAACACAGAACGCGGACACCUCAUCAACGGCGAACGGUGUUGUACAAAGGUUAAUAAUUUGUUGUAUAAUGUAUGUAAUUCUAGUUUUAUUAUCUUUUUAUUAAUAUUCGUAAUUAUAAUGAAAGAUCUCAUUUUAUUAAUCGGUAUUCUGUAACAAGGCGCUUUCAUAAGAUCAUGACUAAGCCUACCUCACAAACUUUAAGACUAGUGUCUCGCCGCGGCGACGCACGCUGUGCACUGCGCGUGCGCCGGUGACGUCACGCGUGAGCCGGUCGCAAACAAGUCUAAACAAGAUCUCAAUUUGAUGAAAAUAAACAUUUAAAAAGACUGGGACGCUUUACUGAAUGUUGUGGGAUAGUAGUUUCUUUGAAGAUAUUACUUAAAUUAUGAGAUAGGAGCAUUUAUUUCGUGAGCGUUAGCUCUAUCCGUCGUAUCAUUUAAAGGCUCCGCUUUUGACAAGUUUGUAAAUCAAGUUAGUACAAAAUUCGUUACAAAAAGUAUUAUUUCCCAAAAUCCAAAUUCAGAAAGUAUUAAUUUAAUUUCAAUGAAAGGUGCUAUGUUGUUUUAUGUACAUACAAGUACGUUGUUCAGGCACAAUCAAGAUGACUAUUGUAAACAAAAUACUAAUUGUUCUUCAGGGACUGUGUUGCCAAUGUAAUAAGUUCUUCCGCGCCUUCUGGUAGAUAUAAAGUCAAUUCAAGCAUUAAAUAUAUCGUAACGUAGGCAUAAUUAUUCAUUCGACUUUUAUUACUUCAGUAUCUUACGUGUUAUUCGUGAAAAUAUGAUUGUGAAUAAUAUAUUUGUUGCGAAGAUUCCAUAUGUUUAUUGAAAACGCAGAUUGUAAAUUAUAUGUUUAAAUUCUUAACAUCUUCAUAACCUAAACCAGAGGCUGAUGUUUCGACAUUUCUCAAAGUGCCUAUACCUUUCUGUUACUCUCAUUAAUUUCCAAUUUUUCAUUUCCACUGCAUAAUUGACUUCAAUGCAAUUAAACAUGUUACUAUCGUGUAAUGUUCAAUUUACAUCGUUUUUCCGAUAAUAUAAACCGUCUCGUGCUAGAUGUGUAAAUCUUGGUGUGUCCCAAUUGUGAUUAAUUUAAAUAAGUGUUUCAAAUGUAGUGACAAUAGUUUUUAUAUGAAUAGAGAUUCAUAAUAUCAUUAUUUUGUUGUUGCCAAUUUUAGGUACGGUCAGUAAUGGUUUCCAUAGUCCGUAAUGUUAGUUAACAGCACAUUUACAAUACUUGGACACAAAAUGAUUGUGCCAUCCGUUAUUAGUCGAUGUAUUUUAGUAUGUUUUGAUAAGAUGAUGGUUCUAUACAAAGACACAAGUUCAACUUACCACAGAGGUUUUGUGAUACGCAUUAUGGGAACAGUAUAAAAUAUUAUAUUUGCUAAACAUUCACAAAAUUCUAACGACAAUGAACACUGUUUCCAAAAUGUAAAUCAGUAGAGAACAGGAAAUGUGUCAUUUUAAAUUAAUAGAUUACUAUAAAAUUGUUAUAUAAUUAUAAUAUGGCAAAAUACGACAAAAUAUAUGUAUAUUUUAUUGUAUAGCGGAAUGAGUACUAUUUCAGAUUUAUUGUAAAUGAAAAAAAAAAUGUUAUAGAUCAAGAUAUGUUACAACUAAGUUAACUGUUUGUAAAAAGAAGAGAAAAAUAUGUAUAACUGAAUA